AUUUUAUGUUGUUUUUUUUAGCUGUCUUGUCACAAAACAAUAAAAAAAAACCACACAUCUCCGGUCAUCCAAUACAGUUCGUCGCUUGUACCGUCGUAGUAGCCAUGACCCUUCGUUUACUUUUUUUAUUUUAUUUUAUUCUACCCCCUUCCCGGUCAGCCAAGCGAUCAGGCGGCCAAGUGGUGCCAAAAAGCCUAAGCAGCCCGGGCGGCGUAACCUUUAAUGCAGAAGUCAUACACACAAAUGAAAGUGGGGGACAAGCGACAUGCCACCUUCCUGCUCAAACUCCGCUGGUACGAAGCCGAGACGGAGGAAGCACGCACACAUGGACGUUGGACGGUCAGUCGAGCGAUAAAAGUGGAGUUUCGAUUGUGGCUCGCACAGUACGGAUAGGCGAUGGCAGUCCGGCCCAGAACCAACGAGACCAGACCAAAACCAAACCUGACCAAGAAGCACACACAAGGCACAGGGGGACAGGGGGUUCGCCGAUUUUUGACAUUAAAGGAUUCAAACCUAGGCGCAAGCUGGAGCAGCUUCUUCUGCAGUUUAUUUUAAAAUAUCGGGCAUUUGGACUUGUUUCUUGAAAUAAACUAAGAACAUCUCUUACAGUACACAAAUUGUCAUUUUCUUGUCGUUUCUAGUCGCGUUUGGUCUGGUUUGCGUCUGGUAUCUUUUGUAGUAAUUUUUUUUUUCUGCUUUGUGUUUUCUUUUCCGUUGUCAUAGCCGCCUGAUCUGAUCCGGUAUCUUGGUCUGCCUAAUUGUAAACUAUGCAGUGGGGGAGGAGCAAAAAAAAAAAAAAAAAAGGAGCAGGGAGCAGUCGGGAG